AUGGCUGGGCCGUCAGAAUGCGGCAUUCAGGUGUUCUGCCGUUUUCGACCAAUGAACUCGAAAGAGGAGCGGGAAAACAACAAAUUCGUUCCGAAAUUCCCGGCUGGUACCGAGGAUCAAAUCUCUGUGGCGGGCAAAGUGUACAUGUUUGACAAAGUUUUCAAACCGAACAGUACCCAAGAGCAAGUGUACAAAGGAUCCGCGUAUCACAUUGUUCAAGACGUGCUUUCCGGCUACAACGGUACCAUCUUUGCCUAUGGCCAAACCUCUUCGGGAAAAACGCACACAAUGGAGGGAGUGUUUGGUAGUGAAUUGCAAGGAAUCAUCCCUCGAAUUGUGCAAGAUAUUUUCAAUCACAUCUAUACUAUGGAUGUGAAACUCGAGUUCCAGAUCAAGGUCUCCUACUACGAGAUUUACAAUGAGCGCAUUCGAGACUUGCUAGACAUUACCAAAGUCAACUUGGCAAUUCAUGAAGAUAAAAAUCGAGUACCUUAUGUAAAAGGAGCCACCGAACAGGCGGUUGCUUCUCCUGAAGAUAUUAUGAGUUGUAUCGAUCAAGGAAAAGCAAAUCGAAUGGUCGCUGUUACGAACAUGAAUGAGCAUUCUUCCCGCUCACAUUCCGUUUUCUUGAUCGCUAUCCAGCAACGAGACACUGAAACAAAUAAACAACUCUCUGGAAAGCUGUAUUUGGUCGAUUUGGCUGGUUCAGAGAAAGUAUCGAAAACCGGUGCAGAAGGAUCAACUCUUGAAGAAGCGAAGAACAUCAACAAAUCGCUGACAUCACUCGGAAUGGUCAUUGCUGCAUUGGCUGAAGGAAAUAAGAGUCACAUUCCUUAUCGUGACAGUAAACUUACUCGAAUUCUUCAAGAAUCUCUCGGAGGUAACUCUCGAACAACAGUGAUUAUCUGCUGCAGUCCUGCUGAAACAAACGAGGCCGAGACAAAGAGUACCCUUCAAUUUGGUGCUAGGGCUAAGACCAUCAAGAACGUUGUGGCGAUCAACGAAGAGCUUUCGGCUGAUGAAUGGAGACGGAGAUAUGAGAAAGAACGUGAAAAGGUGGCCCGUCUUAAAGCACAACUGGCUGCAGCUCAAAUGGAGUUGGAUCGAUGGAGAUCGGGUGGAAAAGUGCCUGAAUCGGAAUGGGUACGAUUCGAUGAUGCGACUCUUGCAGCUCUGCCUGGAAUGACUAUGAGCAGCGCUCCUUCGGAUUCAAUGCUCUCGAUGGAGCGAUCGAUGAUCGCUCCACCUCCAUUGACAUCUACUAAUGGACCAAUCACUGAUGAGGAGAAACGAAGAUACGAAGAGGAACGAGCCAAGCUCUAUCAACAACUCGACGACAAAGAUGAUGAGAUUCAGAACUUGUCGAGCAAGACCGAACAAAUCAAGCAACAGAUGGUUGACUUGGAGGAUCAAGUCAAUAUUCUGCGUGAAGAACGAGAGGCAAGCUCUAUCGAAAAUCAGGCUAUGCUCCAAGCAAAUGAGGCUGCAAAGGAAGAAACAAAAGAGGUGUUGAACGCUUUGGAAGAGCUGGCUCUCAACUUUGACACCAAGGCGCAAGAAGCUGAAGCAAAAGAGCGAGAGAACGACCUACUCAAUGAGGAUCUGCAGAAGAAGACUUUGGAUCUCCACGAGGCCAAGGCUGAAGUCGAUACUCUCCGAGAGACUGUCGGUGCACACAAGAGGAAACUCAACGACUAUGUCAACAAUAUGCUCAAAGAGCUUCAAGAAGUCGAUGGAGCUAUUAAGGUGGCUCCUGGUGAGGAAGAUGAGAUGCUCGCUCAUAUGCGGAUUCAAAUCACCAAGCUCGCCACCGAUUUCCGAACAGCUAAACAGAAAUACGCAAAUUUGGAGAGUGGAUCCGAGGGUGUUGAUCAAAAAUUGAAGGCUUUGGAAGGAGAGUUGGAUGAAGUCAAGAGGAACAUGGCACAAUCCGAGGCCAAGAACAAAUCUCAACAAGAAACAAUUGAGAAACAAGUGAAAGAAAAGGGAGAACUCGAACAACAAAUCGAUACUUUGACUGUUCGAGUUUCAUCUGCUGGAGCUUCUGAAGAUGGAAAUUUAUCAGAAGAGCAAACAAAACUUGUCACACAACUACGAAAUGAGAUCUCCGAGAAGAAUAAACGAGUCGAUGCUCUCACCUUGUCCAUCAAAGAACUAGAGGCUGUUCAAGUGCAAUUGACCUCUGAACUAGAAAAGCUUCGGUCAGAUGAAGCCGACAAGGAGAAAAAGAUUCGAGAAUUGGCUGCAAUCUCUGACAAGAGAGAGCAAGCUAGCCUCGAUAUGCGCGGUCUACAAGAGACAGUCGAGAAAGAGCUCUCUGCUCUUCACAAUCUUCGACGACAAUUUGUCACCGAUCUUGCUGCCCGAAUCAAACGUUCUACUGGACCAGAUUCAGUAGAAGACGAGUUUGGCGGCUCACCGGCUCAAAAGCAGAAGAUUCAGUUCUUAGAAAGCAAUCUUGAUAAACUCACUAAAGUUCACAAACAGUUGGUGAAAGACAAUGCUGAUCUGCGAUUGGAGUUGCCGAAGUUGGAGAAGAAAUUAAGGACAACAACGGAAAGAGUGAAGAAUCUGGAGCAGGCUUUGCGUGAAGCAAAAGAGAACGCAUUGAGAGAUCGAAAGAAAUAUCAAGCAGAGGUUGAACGAAUUAAAGAAGCGGUCAGACAAAGGAAUCUCGCUCGGCGUGGCAUGCAGCCGCAAAUCGUGAAAACGAUUCGUCCUGGUCAACUCUACGCUCCAAUGGGCUCUUCUCCAAUGGGAACCCCAUCGCCAGUCAUUCGUCCACAAGGAGCUGAA